AAUGGUUGAUAAUAGUUGACGACUGCGUACCAGCAAACAAAGCUUAUCGCAGUAAACUAACAUCGUACCGCAUAUACAAUAAUUAGUAUCAUUUGAGGCAGAACGCGAAGACUGCCGUGACACGUACACUGUUACAGGAAAUUUGCUACCAGCAAAUUUGAGUACAAGCGCAUCAAGUGUCGACCCAGCGAAGUGAAAUAAUGCAUACUUUUAGAUUCCAUGUACACUGCUGCCUUGUCCUGGUGUUACUGUAUAUGGCAACGGGCCACACCAAAGGAAGCGAAAUAAAAGACCUGCGGUUAAGCGCGUUCAACGUGCAGGUUUUUGGACAGAUGAAGGCGUCCGACCCUCUUGUGAUGGAUGUACUCAAAAAGAUUAUCCUGCGUAAUGACGUAAUACUGAUACAGGAAAUACGGGAUAGUUCUGAAACUGCCAUUCUGCGGUUAUUGGCUGAAAUUAACCGUGCGUCGGAUAACAAGUACUCAAUAGAAAUCAGUGAUCGACUAGGAAGAACACAUUCCAAGGAACAAUAUGCAUUUUUCUACAGAACCGACUCGGUGAAUAUGACUGAGAGUUACCACUAUGACGACGGGGAAGAACAGAACGGAACAGACGAAUUCGAAAGAGAACCAUUCAUCGUUCGAUUCUCAUCGCCCUCUACAGCUGUUUCAGAUUUCGUGAUGGUGGCCAUACACACAAAGCCCGAUGACGCUGUGAAAGAAAUUGAUUAUCUCACCGAUGUGUAUGACGACAUCGUGAGCAGAUGGAAUAUAGAGGACGUCAUCAUCCUUGGAGAUUUCAACGCUGGUUGUGACUAUGUUAAAUCAAAAGAUUGGAACUAUAUCCGAUUACGUACAGAUAAGCGUUUCACGUGGUUGAUUGACGACCGCGAGGACACCACGGUAGCAAGUACAUUCUGCGCAUACGACAGAAUUGUAAUUGGCGGGACCACCUUGGAGGGCGCUGUUUGGCCCAAGAGUUCCAGAGUUCUGUACUUCGAUGAGAAAUUUGAUUUAACAGACGAUCAGGCUGCCGCGGUCAGCGACCAUUAUCCCGUGGAGUUUAAACUGCUUCCAAAACUUGAAAGUUGCAUUCAAUCCAACAUCAAAAUACAGGGAUCAUUCAGUGUCACUGAUGAAUUUCAUGUGCUGAAUUCAGAUGACGUUAUUUCCUUCGCCAAUACUUCGAGCGAGCACGGUUUCCAGACGUCUCAGUAUAAAAAUGAUGACGGAAAUGUGACUCUUGUGGUUGCUUGGCAACAUACAAGUGGACGAUCCUCCGUGAUAUCGAUUGUUCGUUCUCUGGGUGAAAGUUUUCCGUCUGUGAUUUCCAGCGAUCAGACGAGCGUUGUCGUGGAGAAUCUUGUACACGCUUUCCAUCGGGUAGUAUCAGAUUCCCUGUCACCCAUAGCAACCGACGACUGGAGCGUCGAAGUGGUGUGUGUUUUAAAAUCAACUGCAAAAUGUUCCAUAAAUAUCAAGAUGUCUCAUUAUGACCAGUACAUCUGGGAAGCCAUUAGCGAACUGGGAACUGAUUAUUAAAAUGACACGUUGAUGCUAGACAUUCACAUGAUAUGCCCUCGCAUUGGUUGUGUUUAUAAUUUCAAUAAACCGACUUCUUAUUUGCGCCUUAAGCCUGCAAGUAUAAUGUAACAAAAUAAAUUCUGAAUAUGCCAAAC